AAUUGCAGUGCCUGGUGUGUUGCCCCGCCUACACCCCUUGACGGGAAAGAAUAUAGUAAACACGGUACCUAGUGCGCAGGUUGCGACAGGUAGUGCGGGUCAUAAACAAACGUGUUGGUGCUCUGUGGCGUGUUUUAACGCGGAAGUUGACAAUGGAAUUCUUGUUUCUUUAAAACUGGAGUCGAAUACGAAUACUGGAGUUUGACAGAUAUCCCAAGGAAAGGGCGUGUUACCUCAACUCAUAUGAUUUGCAGCAGAUAGGAGUAUGAUUUCAUGUUCUAAACCACAGUUUUUAAAGCCAGCUGACCCUUUGUGGCUGGAAGACAGAUUGGAUAUUGAUCCAAAUCAUGCAACAGCAUUUGUAUACAAUCCCUACAUUUCAUUGACAUUGCAACAGCAACGUAAACAGCUUCCAAUUUUUAACAACCGAAAUCAUAUAUUGUAUCUUCUUGAAAAUUACCAAACAUUGGUGCUGGUUGGUGAUACAGGGUGUGGGAAGAGCACACAAGUUCCGCAGUUGAAUUCAAUUAAAAUUAACCACAAAAUGGUAGGCCCAUCAUCACUGUUCAGUAAGAUAUUGGUAUGCUGCAUGCUUCUCUUGGUGAUUUACUUUUUAUUUAUGGAUGCAAAUCAGUACUAUCGUAUUCAAAAUUAUCCACUGAGAAGGAUCGUGGAUAAUUCAAGUAUAAAUUCUGAUUUUUUUGGUUCAUGUGAUCUCUCCCCAUUGUGUGAUAUUACAGUGAAGUCGAUGAUGUUAGAUCAUCCAAAUCUGUAUUUAUUUAGUCCGAUGGCAACAAUAAUUGAUAAAGUGUUUGGAAUUCACAAGAUAUAUUAUAUUACUCCAAAUAUGAUAAGUGCAUUUCAUGUUUUGGUUGCUAUAGCUUCUGCAAAAUGCAUUGCAUCAGAUUCUUUAAUAUACCGAAGAGUGGGAGUGGGUUUGUUUGUGCUUCGUGGCUUGCUUGAUGAGCUGGAUGGACAUGUUGCUCGAGCACGGAAAAAUGUUCACGGGGAAAAUUCUGAAAUAGGUAGCGUUGGUUUCUUUGUUGAUGGAAUGUGUGAUGCAUUGGGCACUGUUGCCCUUCUUGUGGGAUGUCUAGUAUAUUUAAAAAAUAAUCCUCCACGCAGAGGUUAUAUGCAACUGCAAACAAUCAUACCCCAAGUUGUUGAUGUUUCAAAAGAUGUUGGUACAGGAGUUACAUAUAAAGGUAAAAUUACUUCUAAAAAAGUCCUUCAUAAGUUAGGGUGUAUCGGAGCUCAAAUGUUGUUGAGCUCAACUGCAUGGAAUAGAUAUCUUGCUUUGUAUCAGAAUUUGUUGGAACGUCAAGAUGUGAGUGAAGAACAGGCUGAUUGUCAAGUUCAAGCAUUUAGAUCAUCUCUUAUGUGGACAGUCACGUGGUUAUGGAGAGUGUUUAAUCCUCAUUCUUAUUUACAUGCCAUGCUUAUUGCUAUAUUUUGUGACAAGUUGUGGGAAUUUUUGUGUGUUUUGCAGUACGUAGGAUUUAUUAUUCUUCUGAGUUUGGUAUGCAUUACAGAAAUGCAUGUUCAAGAAGUUCAAAAUUUUAUGUUUAAAUCUAGUAAUAGUACAACUUCAGGGAAAGUAGUAUUGCUUGUGGUGUAUCAGGAUGAUUGUUAUUUUUCAUCACGUGAUUGUCAUGGUUAUCGACUGCAAAAGUUGCAGUAUGUUACAUACCUGCUGGAGGCGGGAUGGGCCGGGGAGGGCAGAGCCAUCGCCGUGACGGAGCCGCGCCGGGUGGCGGCGACCACGUUGGCCGCGCGCGUGGCCGAGGAGGUGGGCUGCGCGCUGGGCGACGCCGUCGGCUACUGCAUUCGCUUCGACGACUGCUUCCACGAAGGGCGGACCAAAAUUAAGUUCAUGACCGAAGGGAUUCUCGUCAGGGAGAUGAUGGCUGAUCCUCUUCUUCGGAAGUACAGCGUUGUUAUCUUAGACGAAGUUCAUGAACGAACCCUUUUUGCAGACAUCGUUAUGGGCCUCAUGAAAAAAAUUUUGCGGAAACGUAAAAGUCUCAAGUUAAUUGUAUCGUCUGCUACUCUGGAUGCAAAAUUUUUGAAAAACUUUUUUAACAACCCUGUAAAGAAUGAAGGAAAGGACACUGCAGUAAUAAUGAGCGUUGAAGGACGAAAAUAUCCAGUUGAUAUUUAUUAUCUUAAAGAACCCUGCCCUGAUUACGUGAGAGCUGUCGUUGACACUGCCAUCGCCAUAAACAAAUAUGAGCCCCCAGGAGACGUUCUCGCCUUUUUACCGAGCCAGGAAGACGUGGAUCGCGCGGUGUUAAUGAUGAAAGAGCAAUUUGAAGUGCAGAGCAAGGACGUCUUAAAGCUAUGGGUUUUACCCAUGUACGGAUCCCUUCCUAAUUCUGAGCAACUGAAAGUCUUUCGUUCCACACCCAGAGGUUUGCGGAAAUUAGUAGUGGCAACUAACAUAGCAGAAACAUCAAUAACAAUUUCUGGCAUCAAAUAUGUGAUCGACAGCGGGUUCGUGAAGGUGCGCUGGUUCAACCCCGCCACGCACCUGGUCAGCCUGGUGGUGGUGGCGGUGGCGAAGGCGGCGGCGGAGCAGCGCGCGGGGAGGGCGGGACGCACGCACAGCGGCAAGGUCUACAGGUUGUACACGAAAGAUGAAUUUGAGAAAAUGGAAGCAUCGUCUCCACCCGAGAUGCAAAGAAGUGAUUUGUCAAUGGCGGUUGUCCAGUUAAAAGCAUUGGGCAUCGACAAUGUUCUAAGGUUUAAUUUCCCUUCGCCACCUCCUGUGCAAAAUUUGUUGUGUGCUUUAGAGCUGUUGUAUGCAUUGGACGUGUUAGACAAAAAUGGCAAUUUAACUAAACCUUGCGGCACAACUGUCGCAGAGUUUCCUGUUAGUCCACUUUACACGAAGAUACUCCUCAUGGCUGGUGAAUUUGGUUGCUCUGAAGAGAUCCUUUCAAUUUUGGCCAUGUUACAAAUUCAAGAAGUGUUUGUGCGACCGCUGAGGGGGUCGGACGCAAUGAAAGCUCGAAUGGCGAAGCAAAAAUUUGCUGUUGCGGAAGGCGAUUUGUUGACGCUGUUGAAUGUUUAUUGUUCUUACGUGAAGAAUGGAAUGAGUCGCAAUUCUGUAACUAUUCUACGGUGCUUGACUAGCGGUUUAUUUCCAAAUGCUGCUUACUUACAUUAUUCUGGUGUUUACAAAACUAUUAGAGGGGAUCAAGAACUUCAUAUUCACCCAUCAUCUGUUUUGUACUUCCAGGAGCAACCCAAAUGGUUGUUGUACUGUGAAACGCUUCAUACAAACCAGUCUUUUAUGAGAGACGUCACCGUCAUUCAGCCUGAGUGGCUUGAAGAGCUUGCUCCCCAUUUCUACCAGAAAGUGACUGAAAAAGACUUUUAAACCAGAGUGCUUUUCUCAAACUCUUUUAACUACAUUUUGAUAAUCCCCAAGGUAAAUAGCACAGACAAACUUGUAGAGACCAUCAAUGAAGCUAUUGGCACUAAAUGGUUUUGUGACAAGUUGAUGAAUCUCUGAUGUCUCUGGAAACCUUACCCAGUACUUCCCUAUGUGCCAUAUGAGUGAGCUGACUGAGGUACAAAGAAAUUCGCUGGUUUGGCAGAAAUACUUAGGAGCAUUUUGGAGCAUUUUGUUUUUAAUAUUAUUGAAAACUGACCAGCAGAACAAUUCACACCAACCUCUUCUUUAUUGUGUGAGUGAGGUGCGAAGAAGAAUAAUCUGACUCCUUAUGUUUGAUCUGACCUUUUGUGAUUGAGUCAUGGCUGGUAUAUCAAUAAAAUCUGAUCCAGAUUUUGAUCAUAUACCAAACGUGGAGAUAGUUCAUUAUUUUUAGAACAUAUUUUCAUUUAAUGUAUUUGAUUAAUUCUUAUUAAAUUGUUUGAAAAAUUUGUGUUCAGAGCUAGAAAAUUUUGCUUUUUCUUUCUUUAUUAAUAUUGUUUUGAGAUAACAUUUUGCAUUGCUGCUGAGUAAAGAUGUAAAAAAAGAUAAGGGCACAAUAAUUAAACCUAACUGCAAAAACCAACAAAACCCACAUGUUAUCAGAACUAAUGAAUACAUUAUAUGAAACUGUAAUGAGUGAUUUAUUUUUGUGAAAAAUAGUGAGAACUGUAUUUGACAUAAUGGAGAGAAGCUUAAUCUGCACAAUAAAGGUUUUCGUAAGCUCUGGUAUCACCUGCCCAGCCUUUCAUAUCAUACAUUUCACUGGUUUAUCAUUUCAUACAUUCAUAUUUUUUAUACCUUGUUGAGUGAUGAAUAAAUGUACCAACAUAGUGAUGAUAGC